UCCCGGCAUAGGCUCGAGCGAAUUCGGACACGGAGCCCGGCCGCUCCGCCCGCGUCCCUGAGCCCGGCUCCCGCCCCGGCCCGCGCUCACCGCCGAUGAUGGUCCGGAUGAGGGAGGCGUGCCCGGGACAGUCGACCAGCGUGACCUGAAGCAGUGGCUCGCCGGCCUCGGGCUCGGCCUCGGGCGCUGCCUGGAACUCGGGCAAAGACGACCGCAGGCGCGCGGGCAGCGGCACCGAGAAGCAGGAGAAGCCCAGGUCUAGCGUGAUGCCGCGCUCGCGGCUCUGCGGCUGCUUGUCAAAGGCGGCAGUGGAGGCUGUGGUGCUUAGCGCCCGCGCCAGCGCCGUCUUGCCGCUGUCGAUGUGGCCCAGCACGCCCACGUUCACGUUAACUCGCCGCCCUGCCAUGCUGCCGCCGCCGCAGCCGCCUCGGACACCCGCCCGGCCCGCCCCUCACCUCCCUCGGUAGUCGCCGCGGUCCGGCCCGUUAAGUUGCCCCCCCCGCAACCGGCGCGCCGUGCACACCCGUUCCGUCCCUGAAGCUUCCGCCCUCCCGAGGCUCACGGGCACUGCCAGGUGUGGUGCCCCGGGUGGAUGGUCUAGGAACGGGGAGGUCACUGCAGGCAAGGUUGCUCUCUCACAUAGCUUCCGCUGCCUGAAGCCUCCAAGAGCCCGAGAUGGAGGGAUCCUUCUGAGAAGUGAAGCCAUUGGACAGGAUUCCUGGGCAUGUGGCGUCAUAGUAGAAUUAAUCAAAAGCAAGAAAAUGGCUGGAAGAGCUGUCUUGUUGGCAGGACCUCCUGGAACUGGCAAGACAGCUCUGGCUCUGGCUAUUGCUCAGGAGCUGGGUAGUAAGGUCCCCUUCUGCCCAAUGGUGGGGAGUGAAGUUUACUCAACUGAGAUCAAGAAGACAGAGGUGCUGAUGGAGAACUUCCGCAGGGCCAUUGGGCUGCGAAUAAAGGAGACCAAGGAAGUUUAUGAAGGUGAAGUCACAGAGCUAACUCCGUGUGAGACAGAGAAUCCCAUGGGAGGAUAUGGCAAAACCAUUAGCCAUGUGAUCAUAGGACUCAAAACAGCCAAAGGAACCAAACAGUUGAAACUGGACCCCAGCAUUUUUGAAAGUUUGCAGAAAGAGCGAGUAGAGGCUGGAGAUGUGAUUUACAUAGAAGCCAACAGUGGGGCUGUGAAGAGGCAGGGCAGGUGUGAUACCUAUGCCACAGAAUUCGACCUUGAAGCUGAAGAGUAUGUCCCCUUGCCAAAAGGGGAUGUGCACAAAAAGAAAGAAAUCAUCCAAGAUGUGACCUUGCAUGACUUGGAUGUGGCUAAUGCACGGCCCCAGGGGGGACAAGAUAUCCUGUCCAUGAUGGGCCAGCUAAUGAAGCCAAAGAAGACAGAAAUCACAGACAAACUUCGAGGGGAGAUUAAUAAGGUGGUGAACAAGUACAUCGACCAGGGCAUUGCUGAGCUGGUCCCAGGUGUGCUGUUUGUUGAUGAGGUCCACAUGCUGGACAUUGAGUGCUUCACCUACCUGCACCGCGCUCUGGAGUCUUCUAUCGCCCCCAUCGUCAUCUUUGCAUCCAACCGAGGCAACUGUGUCAUCAGAGGCACUGAGGACAUCACAUCCCCUCACGGCAUCCCUCUUGACCUUCUGGACCGAGUAAUGAUAAUCCGGACCAUGCUGUAUACUCCACAGGAAAUGAAACAGAUCAUUAAAAUCCGUGCCCAGACGGAGGGAAUCAACAUCAGUGAGGAGGCACUGAACCACCUGGGGGAGAUUGGCACCAAGACAACACUGAGGUACUCAGUGCAGCUGCUGACCCCGGCCAACUUGCUUGCUAAAAUCAACGGGAAGGACAGCAUUGAGAAAGAGCACGUCGAAGAGAUCAGUGAGCUUUUCUAUGAUGCCAAGUCCUCCGCCAAAAUCCUGGCUGAUCAGCAGGAUAAGUACAUGAAGUGAGAUGGCUGAGGUUUUCAGCAGCAAGAGACUCCCCAGGUGUGUCUGGCCUGGGUCUGGCCUGUGGGCGCUCGCCCCUGGGCUUGGGGCUGCCGUCCCCACUCAGGGCGUGGUCUACAGCACUGUCAGUUCAGUGUGGAAAGCAUUUGUUUUUAAAUUAUCAUAACUGUUCCUGUGGUUGCUUUGAAAGAACCCUUCCUUACCUGAUGUGUUUUCUAUAAAUCUUCAUAGGUUAUUUUGA